AUGAACCUAAUCGAAAAGAUCAUCACCCACGCUGCGACUGGGCUGAAACCCCCUGAAGUCUCGACAGGUCAGUUCGUUAGCGUGCAGGUCGACUGGAUCCUCACCUCGGAGCUACUUUGGGGUGGUAUGGAGAAGACAUAUAAUCAGUUGAAGCGGCCUCGGCCGUACAGGAAUGAUCGAAUCUGGCUGGCCGUCGAUCAUACUGUAGACCCUCGUACCAAGGAUCUUCCACGGCAAAAAGGGCUUAUUGAGAGAUCAGAACGGUUCCGAGACGAGGCCAAGAUUAUCAAUUAUCUUCCAACAAACACGAGCAUCAUGCACACCGACUUCACCCGAGAGAAGGCCCAGCCAAGCACCAUUGUCGUAGGCAGCGACUCGCACACUUGCUCUGCCGGAAGUAUGGGGUCUCUUGCCGUUGGAUUCGGUGCUGCUGACGUGGUCAUGCCUCUUGUUACUGGCCAGACAUGGUUUCGCGUGCCUGAGGUCUGUCGAAUCAACUUUGUCGGCAAGCCUGCCUAUGGAAUAACGGGAAAGGAUGUCAUUCUUCAUGUCCUUGGCCUCUUCAAGCGAAACACUAUCGCGUUUCAGCGUCCUGUAGAGUACGGUGGCCCCAGUCUGUGUGAGCUCUCCAUGGAUGCACGGUUCGCCAUCGCUAACAUGACUACCGAAUUUGGUGGCAUGGGAGCUUGUUUUGAGGCUGACGAAAUUUUCGAGGUGGAUAUCAAAACGAAGAUUGCGACAAGAUCGGAAAGGUCGAUUGACCUUUCGAUGGUUGCUUUUACGGUAGCCAUUCACCCAAAUCCAGACAAUGUGGUGCCUAUCGACACAACAGCUGGAACUCUCCUAGACGGGUGUUUCAUUGGUGCUUGCACCACGACGGAAGAAGAGCUUAUACUGGCGGCCCUGGUUCUGGAUGCUGGGCUCCGUUCCGGACAAGUUCCAACGGCAAAGGGCAAACGAAGGGUCACACGUGGGAGUCUGGUCAUCAUAAACAGGCUUGACGAACUUGGCCUGCUGGACGCAUACCGCAAAGCCGGGUUUGAGAUAGGUGCUCCCGGCUGCUCAUACUGCGUUGGUAUCAACGACGUAGACGUCGCUCAAGAAGGAGAAGUAUGGCUGUCCUCGCAGAAUCGAAACUUUAGGAAUAGAAUGGGCAAAGGAAGCAUUGGGAACGUCACCUCAGCAGCGGCUGUGGCAGCCUCAAGCUUCACCAUGCGUGUUACAGACCCAAGGCCGCUUCUGGGUUUAAUAAAUGAGGCCGACUAUACGUCGCUCAUUCGAACCUACAACACCGAUAUUCCUGGCACGGUAACGAUCAGCGAACCAGAGCCGCGGCUGGCCAGCUCACCACAUCUCUCCAAGCUCGGAGACGGUAAUGGCGACUCAGUUCGAAUAGCACGAGAUCAAAGUCCAAUCGUCGGGAAGAUCCAGCGGCUUGAAGACAACGUUGACACCGAUGCCAUCAUUCCAGCCGAGUUCAUGGCAGGCGUUGAUAACGCUGAUCUUGGCAGCCACUGCUUCCAGUACUACCGACCCGACUUCAGAGAAAGAGCGAACACUGGUUCGACCGUCAUUUGA